AUAGGCAGCGAGGUGAUGUCAUGGAACGAUGUGUGGGAAGAGCAUAUCAAGCCUCGUCUUUUCCGCGUUUGCCCACGCACUUUCUACGACCACCAGAUGACAGUUUUACUUAAAAUAUACAAAAGUGAAGAUAUGGCCAACGAUUCGAGACGAUUUACUGAGUGGUUUGAUCGAGCAUCUGGUACAAUUUGUGAACUCUGCAAACGACCUCGUGACACUAGCUGUCAACAACCUGAGUCUGUGGGUCAGCAUGAUCCCAACUGGCCAGUGAUGCAUCAGGGUGACUACCUUGUGAUUCAUUUUCAAAGUCCAAUUGAAAGCUCUAUUAACUUGCAAGAAGGGGACUGUUUUUUCAGUGUCACUGGACCAGAGGAACAUGGAGGCGGACUCUUGUUCAACUACAAAAAGCAUGAGCAAGUCAUAAAGAAGGUUAUUCCUCCUGACGAUUUGGGUCAUGCUUUCAGUGAGGAUUAUCUGGAUAAAUUGCUGUCUGAAAGUGGAUCAACCAUCAGCAGCUUUAACAUCAUUGUGGUAACAGCAAGCAAACAGACCAAACGAGUUUCUUUAGCAGAAUUUGCACUUUGCCCUCAAGAACCAACUGGUGAUGUUGUGCAGGAUGCUAGUAAUCAAGAAAGGCAAAAUGAUACUUUGACACUAGAAGCAGAACAAAGAAAUUGGAAAAUGAAGUCUACACAAAUGGCUCAACAAGUCUCCAGUGCUUACCAUGAUGCAGCUUCAUCUGUUGCACAAGUAGAACAACAACUUGAAACACAAAGAUUGGCAAUGGAACUUAGGCAGACAUUAGAACAAUUUACUUUAGAGAUGAGGCUCUCGCGAGACGCUUCAGCAGCACCGACAGAAGAGGCACGCAAAAGAUUGUUUUAUACCUGCUCUAGUCAAGACAAAUCUGGAAUGGCCAAGUUUGAAAGCCAAAGUAGAGAGCACAUUAUAGCAAAGGCAAAGAAAUAUCUGCCAGAAAAAAUUAAAGACAUGAGAUUUAACACUCGAACUGCUAUUGCUAAAAUGAUAGAUCCACCUGACCCAAAUUUUAAUGACUGGAGGAUGGUUGGUGAUGAAUUAGGUCUCUCUAAUGAUGAUAUUCGACGUUAUUCGACAGCAACUGGAAACGAAACACCUACACUGCUCGUGUUGGAACACUGUCAAGAAAUUUCAUGUGCCAGGCUUGUUGAUAUUUUUGAACAACUUAAGAUGUAUUCAGUACUGGAAGCGAUCUGUCGACUUAAGGAGCAAGCAGAAGAGAGACUUGGAAAAAAGGCUUGGCGCUCUGCAAAUUUUGAUGACAGACUUGAAAGUGAGAGUGCAGAACCACAACUGUACCGUACAGUGUCUAUGCCAGUUGACAAUGACAGUGACAAAGAUCAGAUGGUGGUUUUUGGAAUCCGAUCAAAAUUGGUUUGCACAGCUAGUGCACAAUCAGAAGAGAGACGUGGGAAAGAGGAUACUGCUGGAAGUCUAUCCACUGACGAUGCACUAGGAAUGCCGGACUCACACAUAAACAAUUUAUAUGAUCCUGCAGCCAGAGAAUUUUGGACUAGCAUUAAAGUUGGAACAAGGGAGGAAAAGCUGUGGACUGCAUUUAUAGCAGCACUAAAAGACAAAUUUAGGGUUCCUCCUAAUUCCACUGUUGAAAAAGGUCUCUUUCACAUCCUUGUCAACGAUCUAAGAACCAACCCGAUCCGUUUUUCCAAAAGAAAGGACCCCAGUGUCAAAGUAACAAUGACAGCUUUUACUCGUUUGAUAAAAUGGUUCGGUCCGGCUACGACAGAUGAGCACGGGUUUGUGCGCAAGUUUGAAGAUUUGCUAGUUGGUUCACGUCGCAACCCAUACAAGGCAAGUUGGUUUGCUGGCUAUAUGGACCAGUCGGAAGCUUCGUCUUUGCUACAGAAAGAAGCAGAGGGAACAUUUCUGGUUCGAUUCAGUUCUACACUGAUUGAUGAAGGAGGGUUUGCACUAAAUCUUUCCCUUGGCAACGAACAAUCAGAAAGCUUUCACAUACAGUCACAGUCACACCCUGAGGGACAAAAUUUAUGGUUAGACGCAGGAGACUACAUUGAUGAAAAAUUUUCAUCACUAGUAGAGCUCAUUGAAGCACUACAAACAAAACCAGUUGCCUCUGAGUAUCCUGUGCUGGUAAGGCCUUGUCCGGGCUUGCCUUUUAGUUUAGAGACAACUCCUUAUAAAUCAAGUAAGCGUAAGUGAUUAGUUUCUGAUGCAUACAGUUUGAAUACUUUACUGAUAUAUUGUUAUCUAUACAGUGAAUGUAAGCAAAUUGUGUGAGACUUGUAUAAUACAAAAGCAAAGUCUGGACUAUGA